UGGUUUUGAAUGUUUUUUUUUAGAUGGAUGGGGAUAGUUCGACAACUGAUGCCUCCCAGUUAGGUAUUACUGGAGAGUACAUGGCUGGAGGUCACUACGUGCUGCAGUCUCAAGAGGAUGAUGGAGACGAGGGGAUGAACGACCACGAGGAUGGCAAUGGCAGCAAAGAUGGCUUCAGAGAGCAGGACAUCUACCUUCCGAUUGCCAACGUCGCCCGGAUCAUGAAGAACGCCAUCCCGCAGACCGGCAAGAUUGCGAAGGACGCCAAGGAGUGUGUGCAGGAGUGCGUCAGCGAGUUCAUCAGCUUCAUCACCUCGGAGGCCAGCGAGCGGUGCCACCAGGAGAAGCGCAAGACCAUCAACGGGGAGGACAUCCUGUUUGCCAUGUCCACCCUGGGCUUCGACAACUACGUGGAGCCGCUCAAGCUGUACCUGCAGAAAUUCAGAGAGGCGAUGAAGGGAGAGAAGGGGAUGGUAACAACUGUGUCUGUGAACGACAGCCUGGGAGACGAGCUCAGCGAAGAGUCUUUCACAAACCAGUUACCUGCAGGACUGAUCACUGCAGACGGCCAGCAGCAGAAUGUCAUGGUGUACACCACCUCAUAUCAGCAGAUUUCUGGAGUGCAGCAGAUCCAGUUUUCAUGAUCUGACACUUUGUGAUUUGACCAUGAAGCUUCAGCUGGCUGAUUUUGGGAGGGUCGCUUUUUAAAACAAGAUGUUACUGAGGGAAGGGCAGGUGGUGGGGCUCUGUAAUAUAUAUUUAAAACAGAAACAAAUUACAAAGUAGGUGUAAAUGUAAAAUUGGGGUUAAUCUGAUCGUAGGCUUUUAGAAAACCCUGAUAGAUUAGAUUGUGAAGUUUUUUUUUGUACAUGAGCUCUUAAGAGCAGGAACACUGCAGAAAUAAAAAAAACAGAGCAUGUGCAGAGGAGUUUUGUUGACUCCUUUAUUUUUUGUGUAAAAAUGAGGAUUUAUCCUUGCCUGAACAGCAGGGGAAUCGGUUCUUAAUUUCAUAUUGAAUCGUGUUACUCUUUUUAUAAUUUGAGUAAAAAAUACUAUUAUGUGAUUUCAUGUUAAUUCUUUUAAUAAAAACCGAGUCUUAAAGUCCUUGUAA